AUGCGGGUGCGCCUGGGCGCUCUGGCAGGCGCGGCGGCACUGAGCGGGGUGCUCAGCUUCGUGCUGCUGGCAGCGGCUAUUGGCACCGACUUCUGGUACAUCAUCGACACCGAGAGGCUGGAGAGGAGCAGCCCGGGCGCUCAGGAUCGGGGACCCACCAACCGCAGCCAGCCGGAGUCUCUGAGUUCCCACUCAGGACUCUGGCGGACUUGCCGGGUCCAGAGCUGCAUGCCACUGAUGAACCCCUUCUGGCAGGGGAAUGUGACCGUCAGCGACUCCAGCCGACAGCUUCUCACUAUGCACGGGACAUUUGUGAUUUUGUUACCCUUCAGUCUGAUCGUGAUGGUGUUUGGGGGCAUGACCGGGUUCCUGAGCUUCCUCCUCCGCGCCCACCUCCUCCUCAUGCUCUCUGGGAUACUCUUUCUGUUUGGAGCCAUGGUGACCCUCACGGGAAUCAGCAUCUACAUUGCGUACUCAGCGGCUGCCUUCCGAGAGGCUGUAUGCCUCCUGGAGGAGAGGACCCUGCUGGAUCAGGUGGACAUACGCUUUGGCUGGUCCCUGGCCCUUGGCUGGAUUAGCUUUGUGUCUGAGCUGCUCACUGGGGUGGCCUUCCUGGCAGCUACACGUGUGCUCAGCCUGAGACAGAGGCAGGACCAAGCUAUCUGAGUUUGAUCAAUCCAGGAGGUGCAGGCCUUUUGGACCUAUCUCAGUGGAUAGCAACCUUUUCUUCCUCAAAUGCCACUGACAGAGGCCAGAGGGCCAGUGGUGGCCCGCUGUGGAUGAGCUCCCUCUGGAUGCUGUCUUUG